UGUCUUGUGGACAUUGUCUCAGGAGCAGGUAGGAAAAUGUGCCUUCAUCAAAGUUUUCACGUUGCUUUCCUGAUGGCUAACAUUUGUUUUCCAGAUUGGUGUUACCAGUCUGAAGCUUCUUGCAAUCAUACCUGCUCAGCGCCAGAUGACUGGGGUCUCGUUUCUCAGCACUGCAGCGGCAGAUCUCAGUCGCCAGUCAACAUUGUGACAAGGCGAGCGUUACCAGACGGACGUCUCACUCCUCUGCACCUCAUCGGCUAUCAGGACACAUUUCACGGACGGCUAUCCAACAACGGCCACACCGUUCAAUUGGAUUUACCUUCCAGUAUAAAAAUCAAAGGAGGUAAUCUCGCCAGAACAUACAAUGCAGUUCAGCUCCACUUCCACUGGGGCAGAGAUGGAGGUCCGGGCUGUGAACACACCAUUGAUGGAGAACGAUAUCCACUGGAGAUGCACAUUGUGCACAUCAAAGAACAAUACAGUUCCAUUUCGCAGGCCGUGAUGGAUCGAACAGGCCUUGCUGUUCUUGGAUUUUUCUUUCAGGAAUCAAGUUCCCCCAACAGGAAAUUUGCUCCUCUAAUAAACGCUCUGACGAAAAUCACGCAACCAUCCAACAAAACCACCCUGAAGGGCGUGUCCUUGCAGAUGUUCAUCGCCCCUCAGGCCAAUAUGACUGCGUAUUUUCGCUACAGCGGCUCCCUCACCACACCCAACUGUGCCGAGGCUGUCGUGUGGACGCUGUUUGAGAACGCCAUCUCGCUCAGCAGGCGGCAGCUGGCUGCGUUCUCCCAGCUUGAGUUCUCCAGUGGGAGGCCAAUGGUGAACACCUUCAGACCAGUGCAGCCUUUGAACGGAAGGCAGGUGUAUCACUCCGGAGGCCAUGUUGCUGGGGUCAGCGGCGCACUGCUCCUCUUGUUACUCCUGGUGCACACGCCCUGAACACUGCAGGAUUGAUGCAAACAAACAUUUGAUGGAAUGUACUUUUCCUGGAGUCGUCCUACCAACCGUGCUGGG